UGACGUUAUUAAACUUUCAUUCUGACCCAACUAACAUUGUUGUGACACUGUGAUGCGCUCGAAGAUAAGAUAAGAUUUUAUUUUGAAAUGUUUGAGCAGAAGCGUCGUUUUCUGUCUGCCGUGCUUUCUGACUGGAACAUCUUGCUUUGAGGAGAAGAGGGGAUAAUCGGCAAGGGGGGGAUAAAAGUAAACUCAUGAUACUUUCUCUCAAUUUAACCGCAUGGUGACCUGACGGAGAUGGCCGGUGCAGGACUGUGUUGUUCCAGCCUGGAGGAACCGAAGGCCCUUAUGAAGAUGGGUCUGAGCAUGGUCCUCAUUGGUCAUGUUAACUUCCUGUUAGGAGCGCUGGUGCACGGUGUGGUGCUCAGACACAUCAACCUCCACAAGCAGGCCCGGGCCAUGGAGUACGCCAUCUCUAACGUAGUGGCUCUCACCUCCGGCCUGGUGGGAAUUGUUGUUGGUAUUCUGGCUAUUGUCCUGUCUAAAAACAAGAAGAGCAGAGGCCUGACAUGGUCGCUUUUCUCAGUCAGUCUGGCAGCAUCACUCACGGCAGCAGCUUCAUCCAUUGGACUCUUGGUGUCCGUGGUGAGGGCCGUUAUUCAUGGUGGGCGGAGCCUCCUGACUCACUGCCGCUUCCCUGAUGCCAUUGGCUACUCCAGCAUCACCAACGAGUGUCCUUUUGACCCCACACGCAUCUAUAGUACCACUCUGAUCCUUUGGGUCCCUCUGAUCGUGACUUGUGUCAUCCAGAUGGUGUUUUGCGCCCGGUGCUUUGCUGUCUGCGGUUCAUUCCUGGGUCUGCUUUGCUGCCCAAACAGGAAGAUACACAGAGACUAUGGCAGAGCGAUCAAUGUGGUGAGGCCGAUGGAGAAAGCUGCUCCCUCUCGCUAUAGUGAACCUCCAAGAACCUAUAAUGAACCUCCAACUCGCUAUAGUGAAUCUCCAAGAACCUCCAAUGAACCUCCAGCUCACUAUACUGAACGUCCAAGAAGCUAUCACGAAUCUCCAAGACGGAACACUGCACCCCCAAGACAGCAGCAACGACCCCCUCCCCCUCCACAGCAUCCUCCCCGUCAGCACCGGAGUCUUCCUCCCUCGGAGAGGCAGCCUCUUCGUCCGCCGUACAGAGAAAGGUCAGGCAGAGAGAGGCCGGAGACGAGGGCUGGCAGCCAGCAAAGGGCACCGGAGCAACACCAACUGCUGGAGAGGGGGACGCUGGAAAGGUCCAGCUUCUGGAUUUAGCCAUAUUUGACAGGCCAGAGCUUCUUGAGAGAACAAGAGCUGUGAGGUUAUGAACUGUAGCUGUAGCUUCAAACAUCAUAUUCACAACCCUGUUUCCUGUCAGUACUUCAAAGCUACAGACUCUGAGAACGAGGAUGUUUUAUUUAGCAGUGCAACGGAACCUGAGAUCAAACAUGAUGCAUGAAAGGUUCUGCAGCUGACAGGAUCGUUGGACUGCAUGUUGAAUCCCAGUUAUGUGAGAGUGUGUGUGUUCUUGUAUUUUUGUGUUUAUGAGGGCAAGAUUAUUCACAUUAGGAUUGAGAGAUGAGAAAAAGUGAGGACAUGGUGAAGGCUGUUUCUUGUCCAGGGAGUUAGUUCAUUCAGAGUUAAAACAAUAGCGUGACACAAGGACAUACGCUUGUUCUCUGGAGUUAGGACGGGAUUAGCUUCACUUAGCAAGACUUGAACUAUGUUCAGGUUUAUGCAUACAACCUUUUACCCAUGUUUAAGGCAGGAUGAAACUCUGGUUUGCAUGUUUGAGUUAUUGAGAAUACUGUGUGUGUGUGUGUGUGUGUGUAUUUUUUCUGCAGUUAGGUCAAGAAAAACUAGUUUCAUGAGAAACUAGUGAUGCAAGAUUUUGUAUUUAUUGCCUAAGUAAAUAAAGUUUUUAAAUCACAA